AUGGCCGACUCCGAAGCGCCCAAGAAGAAUGCAAAGUACGGCAUGACUGGUCCGAUGUCCUUGGCUCUCCCCGAACCCGUCGACAACCAGAAGACUUCUGAACUAGUGGAGGAGUUGAAGAAGGAAAAGAAUUAUGAGAACGAAAUGGGGACGAAGAAGCGGAUAGCAACACUCAAAGUGCUGAGCAAAGCCACUCAGGAAUUUGUCAGAGAGGUCAGUCGCAAGCAGGGACUGCCUCCGUCACAAAUCAACCAGUUCGGAGGCAAAGUCUAUCCCUACGGCAGCUAUCGCCUCGGAGUCUUCGGUCCUGGGUCAGAUAUCGAUACUCUCGCUGUCGCCCCUCGGCACGUUAAGCGCGAGGAUUUCUUCGACUACUUCCCAGAUGUUCUCAGACGAGUGAUCGAGCAAGAGAUAGCCAGGGAAACAAGAGAGAAGGAGAAACCCGAGGAUAGAGAAUUGACCGCUGGAGUUACCUCGCUGGUUCCAGUCCCCGAUACCUUUGUUCCCAUUAUCAAACUCAUCCUGAACGGCAUCGAGAUUGAUCUGAUCUUUGCGUCAAUCACCACUCUGCAGACGAUUCCGCCGAAGCUUAACCUGAAUGACAACAGCCUCUUGAUGGGUCUUGACCAGUCAUCCAUCCGUGCAAUCACCGGCCCACGUGUCACGGACGAACUCCUUGCUCUGAUCCCUGAACCGAAGACUUUCCGGAUGGCACUGCGCGCGAUCAAACUGUGGGCCAAGCGAAGAGCUGUCUAUGCGAAUAUUGUUGGCUAUCCCGGAGGCAUCGCGUGGGCCCUGAUGGUCGCAAGAGUCUGCCAAUUCUACCCGCAUGCAGUGGGUGCCACACUUGUCGACAGAUUCUUCUACAUUAUGACCGAAUGGGGGUGGCCGACUCCAGUGAUGUUGAAGGACAUCGAGCAGCCAAAGCCUGAGCAAGCUGCGCAGGGCUUUAAAGUGUGGAAUCCUGCCAUUUACAAGCAAGACAAGGCGAAUCUCAUGCCCAUCAUCACCCCGGCAUUCCCCAGCAUGUGUUCGACAUUCAACAUUACCGAGUCGACCAAGAAAGUCAUCAUCCAUGAGAUCAGACGGGCUAGUAAAAUCACCCGCAACAUCUUUGCAGGCAAGGCACAGUGGAGUGACUUGUUCAAGCAGCAUACUUUCUUCACGGCCGACCACAAGUACUAUCUGACCGUGAUUGCGAGCGCGUUCAAUGCCGAUGCUGCCAAGAAGUGGUCUGGUCUUGUUGAAUCCAAGGUUCGUCACCUGGUCAUGAGGUUGGAAGACAUGAAAGACAGCAUUGUUCUUGCUCGCCCUUUCACCAAAGGAUUCAAACGUCUCCACAAGUGCAGGAACGAAGAACAAAUUCGUGAGGUUCAAAAGGGAAGCCUGAAGUACAAGACAGAGGAGACCAAGGCUGUCGAGACAACGGAUCCCCAGUUGGUGACGACGAAUGGAAGCGCUACCCCACUGCCUCUACCGAACGGCGAGGACGGGGAUAUGGGCGUUGAUACGCACACGGUGUAUACUUACACCUACUAUAUCGGCAUUGACACCCAAGCAAAAGGUAGCCUAAACCUUGUGCCUGCCUUCCAAGCGUUCAAAUCCAUCUGUUCAGCAUGGAACAACUACAAUCCCGAAGUCCAUUUCCUGAAUCUAGCUGUGUCAAAGAGUUGGGAGUUACCCGAAGACCUCUUUGAUGCCAAGGCUGGGGAAACUCGACCGAGCAAGCCGGUCAAGAAGGUGGUUAAGACUGGCAAUACAGAGAGCAAGCCGGUAAGACGUAGCAUCAACGAUGUCGAGGUAACCUUGUCUCAUCCCUUGAUAUGA